GACCGUUCAGUUGUGACGUUGACAGUUAAAAAUGUUAACUGUAUCAAAGCAAUUCAGUAUCAUUCUGUAAAAGUGUCUAACUGCAGUUAUUGAAAUGCAAUUUCGUAAGAAGUUUUUUCCAAGAACUUUCAUCAUUUUCAUUUUCAUUCCGCUGAUAAGAGCUGUUGAUGAAUGUCUGGAUAGACCCAAUUCGGAUUCCAGACAGUGUACCAGCCAUAGACUAAAUUCCUACAACGAUAAAACGGAACAAGAGAGAAAAUUAUGGACUAAAACGUAUGUUUCGACUGUAUUGAGGUGUUCAAAUUAUUGUAUGAAUGACCAGAGAUGUGUCAGUUACUUCUUCAAUAAAAGUACUAAAACUUGUACGGGGCAUUCGAUAAUGUUUGGAAAUUCAACGGCUGCUUCUGUAGAAACUGGAAAUGCAAUGUACUAUUUCAGCGGAGUGGAAGGCUACAUUGGUGAUUUAUGUACGACAGACGAUGAUUGUACUGUAGUCUCGUCAGAAUGCAGAGCAGACUGUUUGAAUAAUACUAACGCUAAUACAUCUGAAUGUUCAGAAAAACGGUGCAUGUGUGCAUCAGGUUACAGUUUUUCACCAACGGAACAUAAAUGUUUGGCAAACUGUACUUCUUAUGGGGAAGGCUUUAUGCGAACUUACUUACAUUACAUCAGCAAUGGAGCAGGGUUAGAUUAUGCAAAUAUUACCCUUGAACAAUGUCAACAACAUUGCGUACAGAGAAGCAGUCCCAUUUGCCGUUCCCUAGUAUAUGGCACAAAAAGACUACUAGACUGUUAUCUAUUGACUACUACUCGAUUAGAUUAUCCAGACAUCCAAUGGCACUACGAUUCAUACACUUAUGAAUUUUCAUAUUACCAACGAGAUUGUAUUUAGUUAUAAAUAGUUAUAUUCUUUACACAACUGAGAAUUCUUACAUAACACAAAACCUGUGCUGUCUCCUAUUUGUACAAACAAUGUUAUUCUUUAUAAACAGUUUGGUUUAACCUGUAUUGUUUUAUUAUUUUAAAAUUUUUAGAAUUUCGAACAAGAAAUGAGAAUAUAUAUUCAAAAUAGAAAUGUUAUCGUUUUAUAACAUCAGUUUUCGAAUUGCUCAUUUUGGAUGCAAAUUGUUAAAAAAAUGGAGGCCAGACCAGUUUUUAACCUUAACUUGUUACUACGAAUAUAGGAGCACCUGAUUUUUUCCUCGGUAUUUUGGUAGCCAACGUUUAUGUGGCUGGAUAUUUUGUUUGUAACGUAUGUUGGGCUACGUUAAACUUUCCAUUCUCUUCUUAUGUCACUGGUGGAGUCAGGUCUUUUUCAACUUUUGAUUUUUAUUGACUAUUUUCUUGUGAAUUAUUGACUAUUUUCAUAUUACCGACUUUUGAAUUAUAUAAUUUUUCAACAUGUUACCUAAACUGUGGUCUUUAAUCGAUAGUAAAGAAAAAGGACUAUGAGGAGUUAAAUAAAUAUCACAUGAAAGUUCUUCCAGGUCGAACUACAGAUUCAGCAGUAUACAUUCUCUCUGGUCAGUUACCAAUUGAGUCUACAAUACAUUACCAAAUAUUGAUCCGACUCGGAAGUAUCCCAAGAAAUGACUGCAUGCAUUGAAAAGGAAAAUUGAAUUCCUCAGAUAUUACUUAAAGAUGACACUUCGAAUAGUUGGUUUAUCUAUGCAAAGAAAUUACUAGACCAGUAUGAUCUUAGAUCCAUUUUUACUCUUAUUGAUAAUAUGCCUUCUCUAAUUAUUCUUUGGCAAUUUAACCCUUUCCGAACCCAUUGUAUAAAAAAGUGUAAUCAUUGUGUGGUUGCCGAUGAUCUUAGAAGAUGAUUGGAUGAGUUUAAGGGUCAUAACUUUUAUCAGGGUUGCGUUCAAUAUCGUAGCGGCCUCAUAGGGCUACGUAGAUUUAUGACUAUUGAACGUGUAGCUAGCCUAGCUGCUACAUAAAUAUUGAUAGCAGCUAGGCUAGCAACUCGUUCAGUAGGCAAAAAUCUACGUAGCACUAUGUAGCUGCUACGAUAUUGAACGCAACCUGGCAGCUCACUGGAUGAAUUGAAAUGUACACAGGUGUUAAUGAAAUUGACAACUUUGUGGAAUGUGGAAGGCACUCAAAGGUGAUUUUCGUUUAUCAAAAAAUGAAAAUUUAUUUGAUUAUCAUUAGAGAAAAAAAUUUUACUUAGUUACUCGUGGAUUAUCGGAUUUAUCCAAUCUCGAUAGUUAACUUAUCAAGGCUCGGACUUUAAAAUUCGAUUAUUUAACUUAUUAUGGGUUUUUCUCAUUGUUGAAGGCCACACGGCUGCCUAUAAUUGCUUACAUCCACUUUAUUUGAACUUUGGUGUAUAUUUGUCUCAUUGGCAACCAUACCACGUCUCCUUAUUUUUAUAUUAGUUUGAGGGCUAGUGCGCUAGUAGUCGAUUUUGCCUUUUAGUCAUUUUACCUUUUAGUAACAGGUUGAUAAUUUUUUAUUAAGGUUUAAAUGGAUUAAGUAGAGAAAGCAUGUGGCAUUAAAUUAUAAACUACCAUAUCUUAAAUUGAUUAAUUUUAAGGAUAAGUUUUAAGCCUAAGAAAAUGUAUCUCACAUUGAUUGGAUGUUACACAUAGGACGUUUUAUAGUGAAAGGCUAACAGAGACAGUUGUUGAACAGUUUGUUUUAAAUCACAUGAGAAAUAGACUCUUUAACUGUGAAGAUAUGUGAUUGGACAAGAAAGACUUUUAAAACCAAUAGUAGACUUUUAAAUUAAAAGUGCUGUACAUUGCGUUUUCUUAUAGGUGGUGGGUAAAUGUGUAUAUAACUACAGUAACUUGUAUGAUGCUGUACUUUAUUUUACUGUGUAAUGCGAAGACAUAAACGUAGGCCCGCACAUGCAGAAGAAGUUUUAAACACGUAUAUAUAUAUAAUCCGUUGCUCUGAUUAUAAAGAUAUCUUGUGGUGCUCCAGAUAGUAGAGGGAUUUACUAAAAAAAGAAAGAAAGGUACGACGUCCCGGAACUGUGUCAAGUAAGGACAACCAAAAGAAGUAAAUUCAAACAUAUAAUCGGUGCAAUUUGGGGGGAAAGUUUACUGUUUUCAGAAAAUAUAGAACAGUUAAUUUUCCACAAAUUGCACCGAUUGAAAGCUUGAUUUAAGUUCUUUACGUUGCUCUUACUUGACCGAGUACCAAGAUGUCCUACCAAAGAGUAGGUUACCUGUCGAAAAAAUAUAAACUCCGGAAUCAAAAGUCGGUAAAUAUGAAAAUAAUCUAUGGCUUAUAUUUACUAUAAUGAUAUGAAAUAUGUAUAAGUAUUAUCGGUUUCCUCGAAAAACUAAGCUCCCAGCCUAUUCAUCGUUAAUCCUCGACUUCAUCGUACAAUAUUAAAAUAUAUAAUUUCAAUUAUUAUAAUAUGAUGAUUUUUAUAAACAGAAGCAGAUACUAUUGAAUUUCUUUUUGUAUUUAGUAUCCUGAU